CUUGAUUACUCGCACUGUAGAUGUACCAUGGGAUCACUGCUGGAUGAAACAACGACAUGGGCGGAGUUUGGCCUGAACCUCGACCCUGAGAGUGAGAAAGCAACAUGCCCGCAACCAGGUAAGCAGCAUUUGGACCGGCGCCUCGCAAAGGCUCUGACGGACACUCUGCAAUUGAAGCAUCCGACGCUGGUUCAGUCGCGUGGCAUUCCGGUGGCGCUGGAGGGCAAGGAUCUGCUUUGCCGGGCACGAACCGGGAGUGGGAAGACCUUGUGCUACGCGGUGCCUUUGGUUCAGCGCCUGCUUCAGCUGGAGGCCCAAGGCCUUGCGCCGCUCAGCGGCCUCAUCUUGGUCCCUACCAAGGAGCUGAUUGCGCAAGUGCACGGCGUCGUGACUACUCUGCUCACGUUCUGCUUCGAUGUGCUCUCAGUGGAUGUCCUGCUGUCCGGUGCGAAGUACACGAAGGCGGAGCUGCCCACUAUGUUGGUGACGACCCCGUCAUCGCUUCUGGCUCUGGCGAAGCAGCGUCAGGCCAAAGCCACCAUGCGACCCCUGGCGGAUACCUUGAAAAUCAUGAUCCUGGACGAAGCAGACCUGAUGUUUUCCUUUGGCUACGAGGAGGAUGUCAAGUCUCUUUGCGCGCUGAUGCCGCCAAAAUACCAGGCAAUGCUGGUCUCCGCCACACUCUCCGAUGAAGUUCAGCAGCUCAAGGGGCUGAUGCUGCACAAGCCCGUGGUGCUGAAGCUGGAGGAGCCCCGAGUCACCGGCAAGCUCUCCCAGUUCCAUUAUGUUUGCCAUAAGACCGACAAGUACCUCAUCAUCUACACUCUCCUGAAGCUUCAACUGAUACAGGGCAAGACGCUAAUUUUCGUGAAGAGCAUCGAAGCUGCCUACCGGUUGAGGAUUCUGCUGGAGCGCUUUAGUAUCAACUCAGCUGUCCUCAACUCUGAGCUUCCUCACAGCAGUCGCCAGAACAUCAUUGACACCUUCAAUGAAGGCUUGGUGGAGUUGCUCAUAGCCACAGACGAAGGGCUUGGUGCUGACAAGGAUGCAAAUGCAGCCGAUGCAGACGAGGUUGACUGGGAGGAAGAGGAUGAAGAGGAUGAAGAGGAAGGCGAGGAAGGUGAGGAAGAAGAGCCUGAAAUGGACGCCGAGGUGAAGGAAGCGAAGGCGAAGUCCGAUCCGUCACAGCGGAGGUCUGCGUUGAGAAAAGGCAGUGGCCAAAAGGACGCAGAUGCGGAGGCAGAUGCUGAGAUGGAAGAAGCUGAGGAGGAAGAGGCAGAAGCGGAUGAGGUCCAAGAAGAGCUCCCCAAGCCAGCAAGAUGGCGCAAAUCGAAGGAUGAUCAGUACUCCAUCACCCGAGGGGUGGACUUGCACGGUGUUAGCACCGUGCUCAAUGCCGAUGUGCCGACGACCGUGCGAGACUAUGUUCACCGAGUUGGCCGCUGCGCCCGAGGAGGAGCCAGUGGGACAGCGCUGACCAUUUGCACCCAUGAGGAAGAGCCGAUGCUGCAGAAGAUCAUUCGGGCGCAAGCGGCAGGCGGCACCGGGCCCUUGCAGCCGUUGCCCAUGCAGCUCUCCGAUGCCGAGCGCUUCCGCUAUCGGGUGGAGGAUAUGGCGAAAGGCCUGACCAAGAAGAAUGUGGCCAAGUUCCGGGCGCGGGAACUGCAGUUGGAGGCGCUCCACUCCGAGAAGCUGAAGUCCUACUUCGAGGAUCACCCGGAGGAGAAGCGCGCCCUGCAGAGGAUGCAAAGGCAGCUGCGUGAAAACAAGUCCAUCAGGGCUCACCUGAAGAGCGUGCCAUCAUACCUGGUGCCAGAGACCUUCACAGCCUCCACGCCGGUUCAGAAGGCGGUUCGGGAUGCGAACCGGGCGAGCGGACAGAUCUCUUCCGCCUCCAAGCGGCAGCGGCUCAUCAAGGCCAGGCAGCAGGAUCCCUUGCAUAGCUUCGACGAAGCCGGCUCAGCCAAGCGCAGAGACCGCUUCACGCGGGAGAACAUGUUGGCUAGGGAGAGGAAGAUUGACCCAAGCACGGCCAACGUCGAGGCUCUUCCGGCCCUAUCCCGGCACAAGCUUUGGAAGCUCAAGCAUGGCAAGCGGGUUCGGAAGCCCACGGACGUCUUUGGAGAGCGGCGCCGCCUCCCCUUCGGUCAGCGGCUGCGUCAGAAGAAGUUUGGCCGCAGAUAGCGCUAUGACUCGAGUUCAGUACAUCCGAGCGCAUGGGCUGGGCGCACUGACUCAAAGAGCUGUGCAUAAGACCCGCGUGCACUCGUUUCACUCACAUCGAGCAGAGGCG